AGUAUAGUCCACAAACGGUCUUUUGUAAACAAAUUUUGCCAUUCCCAUCAUUUCCCCGCCCCAAAUUCCUACUCGCCUGUGAAGGGGCGACAUUUCUCAAGGAAGCUGAGAGGAAAGUUCGGUGAACAGUGGCGACAAACUUAUAAUCAACUUUCCUUUGACAGUAAAACAUUCACUUUGAAUCACGGUCGGACGAGCCAUUUGACGGAUACACUAUCGCUAACGCUGACAAAUAGUCGUUUGUGGAGCCGUUGAAGCGACUGCGCCUCAGUGACGGUUUAGUACAGACGCAGCUCGAGGCAUGGAAAUAAUGGAUAUCGGGGAACCGUUUUUACAAUGGGACAAAAAUCUCAGCGAAUUGUCAGAACCCGGGGAAAACGACAUUUUGUACAGCACUCACUUCACCGAGCUCCUUGAUGAUCUGUCCCAAGAAGCUUUGCUGGGGCAGUUGUUAAGCGACCCGUUCCUGUCCGGGCGUGGAGAUGCCAUGGACACAGAGGAGGAACUGACCCCUGCAUCUCCAGUGCCACCACACAUUCAAGCUGAACACAGUUACUCGCUGUGUGGAGACUCACGCCCACAGUCGCCCCUUUCCCAUCUGCCCGGGGAACCAGGCAGUGAUGCUGGUGAUUCAGAUAAUGACGAGUGGCCCAUGGAGCAGGAAGAUAAAGGGCUGAAGAUGGAGCCCCUCCUGUGUGACCCACCCGUCCUGCUGCCCACCCUGACCCUCACUCUGACCCCCGAGGGUCCCGCGGCUGAGCCUGUGACUGACCCCAGCCUGUCUCGGACCCUCCCUCAGGCCGCACAGGUGAAAGAGGGCAGUGAGAGUUUCAACCCUCAGAUUAAGCUGGAGCCACACGAGGUCGAUCAGUUCUUAAACCUCUCAUCCAAAGGCCUGGAGUCUCUGCACAUGCCGCCCACUCCUCCCAGCUCUCACGGCAGCGACUCUGAGGGAAGUCAGAGCCCUGUACACCCCUGUGCCCCCGCCAGCCCCACACAGACCCCCGCUGUCCUCAAGGUGGCGCCAAGAGCCCCUUCUUCCCUCUCCAACUCUCCUCUGCUGACGGCACCCCAUAAACUGCAGGGCUCAGGUCCUCUCCUGCUCACUGAGGAGGAGAAACGCACGCUCAUUGCUGAAGGAUACCCGGUGCCCACCAAGCUGCCGCUGUCCAAGGCCGAGGAGAAAGCGCUGAAGAAGAUUCGCAGAAAGAUCAAGAACAAGAUUUCAGCUCAAGAGAGCCGCAGGAAAAAGAAAGAGUACAUGGAUGCUUUAGAAAAGAAGGUGGAGACAUGCUCCAGCGAGAACAAUGAGUUACGCAGGAAAGUUGAAACACUGGAGUGCACCAACAAGUCUCUGCUGCAGCAGCUGCACUCGCUGCAGGCGGUGGUGGCAGGAAAGGUCCCGCGGUCAUGCCGGGUGACGGGCACCCAGACCUCCACAUGCCUCAUGGUGGUGGUUCUGUGUUUCUCGGUGUUCUUGGGGAGUUUCUACCAAGGCCUGAGCCCCUGCUCCUCUAUCACCAAAACAGGCCUGACCAGAGAGAUCUCCAUACAGGAGUCAUACACUGCUACAGUGAAGUCCCGGAACCUGCUGAGCAUCCAGGAGCACGGGGGUCUGGACGACCCCCAUCUUGUCGGGUUGGGCGGGGAAUAUCCUGAACAGGCUGAUGUCAUGGCGGCUUGGCGCUUAGAACAGCAGCACAAACAGGAACAGACGGAGCUGCGUGAAACGGAGCCCCGCCCACUUUUACUCAACACCAAUGAAACGCACACGCAAAAGGCGAUUCUUAUAGACCUGCAUUCUCACAGGUCCGAUAAGUGGUCAAACGAGACCGCUAAAGUCAUACAGUUGGAGAGGACCGUCAACGAGACAUCGUGAGAUCCGGCUGGUCCUCCUCCACGUCUCCUCUUCCUCUCCCCUGCAGCGGCGGGCCGAUAGGCUCUGUAUUUAUAGAUAUACUAUAUACUUUAAGUAUUGUUUUACUUAGAAGUCCUUUUUUUAAAAUAAAUACGAAAAACCCAAAAAUGUUUUUUAUUCCAUUACAGCAGUAAAUCAAAUUUUGAUACUUCAAGUACACUGUUUUUCAAUAUUUUCAUUCUUUUUUUUAUUUUAUAUGCUUUGAAUUUUUGUUUGAAUAUUUUUUGCUUUUUGUUUUUGCCUAUUUGCCCCAUGCUACUGAGAAUAUGUGUAGUAAUAUAUUGAAUUCACACAAUGUAGCAUGUCAAUUUUCAAAACUACGUUCUCUUCAGGCAUCCAAAGAUUCAUAAAAAAAAUCAUUAUAAUCGGACUGUAUUAAUAAAUAGAAUAAAACAAUAAUAGGCUGUGUUUACAGUAUGAAGAUGGCAAUUUUCCAAAGCAUUUAAAAACGUCUGAACAUGUAAAUAUUUGCAGUAUCCUCUAUUGUAAUAUGGAGGAAGUAUGUUGGGAGAGAUAUGAAUUAAUGUGAUUGAUAUCAGUGGAGAUGUUUGUCAUUGAGGGCAAUAAAAGAGGGACAAUAUGGACAUGACAUGAAAAGGACGGAUGCUCUCCAGCCCAUAGUCCCUCGUAUGACGUUGUUGCCCUCUUUUAUUUGGUUUAAGGUCUUUAAAGGACAGAUGGCCCUUUUUGUCUCUGGCUGGCCACCGUCCAACCCCACGUCUGCGCUCUUCUGGGAGUAAAGGAUGCUCGCUGACAAUUCUAGCGUUCUCUUUCCCAGAUAUGAACGGUUGUGACAACCUGAGUCCUGAGCGAUCUGCAUCCGGGCAUGUGAUGGUCUCCCUUGCACUGUGUCCCCGUAGCAUCCAUCUCUUAUUUAUUCUUUUUAGCAUGACUGCGAUCCUUUUAUCCUGUAAACGAGAGCAUUUUGAAGGAGAUGAUUUUGUCCUGAUGUGAUCAAUGCAUUCAGACGCAACGUCCAUGCUUGGUGUGUUUCUCUGUAUUUGGUGUAAUGAGUGAUUUAUGACUGCAGUCUUAAUUAUGUUACACAUUCUUUGCAUCACAAUACAAUUUCAGGCUCUUAAAAAUGAUCUUCCUGAAAUCACUCUGCCUUGUUUUUGUCCUGUUUUCUGCUCAGAAAAUAAAUAUUUUCCUUAGUAAAAGCAUUAUAAA